GCGAUGGCGUUGGGUGCUUGCCAAUAUUUAAUUAUUAAAUUAUGGAAAUGCUGAAUUACACUCCUUGUACUCGCCUUGCUGCACACUACGGGUGAGGAACAGAGUGGACUGCCCUGAGCCUCGGGCCUUUUGGCUGUGUCUGGCUUGAGUAGGUGUGGACAAGAUGCUGGACUUGUUCCUGUCAGCUUUGGGAUCUCCUGGGGCUCUAAGCAAAAUUGGAAAAAUGAAAUGAGUUACCUAUACAGCACUUAAUUUACUUGCUGGUUUAGUCUGUUCUUAAAUAGUAAUCUUGACAAGUUUAUUUUAAUGACCACUGGGCAAGUGAAUGUGACUGAGGAAACUAGACAGCAAUUCAGAUUGACUUUAUUUUAUAUAGAUACUUUAGCUAUGCUUUUGGUCUGUAUACCUGUAAUUAAGUAACGUUUUACUGCAGGAAUUUUGGUAAGUGUAGGUGUAUGAUUGGACAAAUGUUUUGGGAAAUUCCUGACAGAAUUUUUCAUCCUGUGAAAUAGACACCAUGAAAUGGGAGCAUGCCUAGUGUGAAUGUUUUUGUUAUUGUGAAGUGUAAUAGACCUAGACACAGUGUAUUGUCAGACCUUUGUAGAUGGUGAGGAAAGCCUUGACUAUGUCCGCUUAUGAUGGAGCAGAUAGACCAUGUGUAGUGCAGAGUGCUAGUCAGCAUGUUUGUGAAAUGAAAAAUGUUCACCUGCAGGGCUGAGUUGAACAUCUUAGGUUUUAGCAGGAAUUUAUUAGUUCCUUACUUUCAUUAUUCCAACUUUUGUAGAAGCCUCAUUUAAUAUGGUGUGGAGGGGCUAAGAGGGUGGUAGUGGGCGGCAGGGGUUUAAGUGGUAGCCCCACAAUGACACACUGAUAUUCACUGUUGCCCCUGCAGUGGAACAAAUGACAGAAGCUGUUCUUUAGAAUUUGCAGGCAACCUGUUGCGUGUGGUGGGAUAGGCAUGGAUCCAGGUGGAACACAGCGCAGAGCCUGAGAGUUGUUGGACUGGAUUCAUUACUGGGACGAUUCAUUAAUUCCCAUUUGAGCUUUCUGUGGGACGUUGUUUUACAAGACAAUAUAGAAAUGUCCUUGGAGGACAUGAUUUGGACAACAGCACGUAAAUAAAAAGAUGCCACAGACUCUGGAAACUACCUGAAUGAACUGGAAGAGAACGGACACCUUAUGUGCACAUGUUUCUUGUUCAAAUUCAGAUGCAAAUCAGUUUUGUGAACUUGUAUCUUUCUCUCUGGAGUGUCAAGUGUCCUAAGCUUAUGUCUGUUUUAUUUAUUUAUUUUAAAAUCAAGACUGAAAAUGAAUAAAGUUGUGCCCAAUUCAUAAAAAAUCUGCCAGAAUUCCAUCACUGAACUGCGCUUGCGUCUGUAUGUGUGCGCCUGCGCCCAGUGGCUACGUUGCAGGCUCUUGAUAUGACGUUCCUCUUGCUGUGUAUAACUCAAUUACUGAUGUUUAUUUUCAGGUGUAAGUCCACUGUUGUUUCUUCGCUACCAGUCUGACUGUAGGUACAAUGUCUUCCUAUUGACAAAAUGCGAGCUAAACCUAUAGGGAAGAUGGCAGGAACUAAUCUGGCAGACCUUUAGUUUAGUUUUAAAUACAUAUACUGGAUAUAUUAAGUUGGUUUGAGGAUGGGUGGGAAGGUGCAGGUAGAAGAAUGGGGUAGGUUAUUUUGCCUGCGUGAGUUUGUGUGCAUGUGUGUGCGUGCACUUGCGUGUGAAUGUGGUGAGCGUGGAUGACAAGAAGCCACAGGACUCUUCUUAGUCACGCCUGCUACUUUGUGUCCCCCCCACUUCCCAUAGGCCUUCGUGGUGAAGAGGUUGCUUGAGUACUUACAGCAGAGCCAGUCCAACCUCCCCUAUGGCUUGGUGCUGGUUCUGGGACUUUUCAUGACUGAGGUGAUCCGCUCCUGGUCUCUGGCACUCACCUGGGCUCUUAACUACCGUACUGGAACACGGCUGCGUGGAGCUGUACUGACAAUGGCCUUUCAGAAGAUUCUUAAAUUGAAGAACAUCAAGGAUAAGUCAGUUGGAGAGCUUAUCAAUAUGUGCUCCAAUGAUGGUCUUCGUAUGUUUGAGGCUGCAGCAGUAGGCAGUUUACUUGCUGGUGGACCUCUCAUUGCUGUUUUAGGCAUGAUUUUUAACAUCAUUAUCCUGGGACCAACAUCUUUGCUGGGCUCAGCAGUCUUUAUUCUGUUUUAUCCAUCUAUGAUGUUUGUCUCCAGAUUGACUGCUUACUUCAGAGGAAAAUGUGUGGCUGUAACUGAUAAUAGAGUGCAAAAAAUGAAUGAAAUCCUAAGCUAUAUAAAAUUCAUAAAAAUGUAUGCAUGGGUAAAAGCCUUCUCCCAAGCUGUGCAGAAGAUUCGUGAAGAGGAGCGACUAAUACUUGAGCGUGCUGGUUAUUUUCAGAGUAUUACUGUAGGUGUGGCUCCCAUUGUGGUGGUAAUCGCCAGCGUGGCCACAUUUUCAGCCCACAUGCUACUGGGCUAUGACCUUACUGCCUCCCAGGCUUUCACAGUUGUGACAGUCUUCAAUGCUAUGACCUUUGCCUUGAAAGUGACCCCAUUCUCUGUGAAGUCCCUUUCAGAAGCCUCGGUGUCAGUUGAUAGAUUUAAGAGUUUAUUUCUAAUGGAGGAGGUUCAAAUCAUAAGAGCAAAGCCAUCAAAUCCCAACAAUGCCAUAGAGCUGACGGGCGCCAGCCUGGCAUGGGACUCGUUGAGUUCCAGCGCCCACCCUUCACCAAAGGGCACUCCAAAACUCAGGAAAGACAAGAAUGAAGGCCAGGGAAAGAAAAAAGACCGGAAAAAGGAGUUGAUAGAAGCAGAAGGCAAUUCUGGAAGCUCAUUGGCGGAGCAGAAAGGACAACUGUUGCUUGACAGUGAUGAAGCUACCAGUCCAGAAGAUGAAGGGAAAACCAUCCAAAGUGUGAGCCUGCGUCUUCAGCGGGCUUUACACAACAUUGACCUGGCAAUUGAAGAGGGAAAACUUAUUGGUAUCUGUGGCACAGUUGGAAGUGGGAAAACCUCAUUGAUUUCGGCAGUCCUUGGCCAGAUGACUCUACUAGAUGGCAGCAUUGCUGUGAGGGGUGACUUUGCUUAUGUUGCCCAGCAAGCCUGGAUCCUUAAUACUACUUUGAGAGACAACAUCCUAUUUGGAAAAGAGUAUGAGGAGGAGAGGUACAAUGCGGUGCUGAGUGCCUGCUGCCUUCGGCCUGAUCUGGCAAUUCUACCCAAUGGGGACCUGACAGAGAUUGGAGAGAGAGGUGCCAACCUGAGUGGUGGUCAAAGACAGAGAAUCAGCUUGGCCAGAGCUCUAUACAGUAACAGAUCCAUUUACAUAUUGGAUGACCCCCUGAGUGCGCUGGAUGCCCAUGUAGGAAACCACAUUUUCAAUAAUGCCAUCAAGAAGCAACUGAAGCACAAAACCAUCCUUUUUGUUACCCAUCAGCUCCAGUACUUGGUGGACUGUGAUGAAGUGAUCUUCAUGAAAGAAGGUAGUAUAACUGAGAAGGGAAGCCAUGAGGACCUGAUGAAGCUUAAUGGCGAUUAUGCAGCAAUGUUCAACAGUCUGCAGUUGGGAGAGACACCCCACACAGAGACCAAUGGCCAGAGGAGCAGCAACUCUCUAAAGAAACCUUUGGAGAAAGGAACCAAAGCUAGCUCUGUGAAGAAGGAUGCACCUGUACACAAAGAUGAAGUCCAGCUAAUGCCUGUGCAGGAAAAGCUGAAGGGCCGUGUGUCUUGGGCUGUCUAUGGUGCUUAUAUGCAGGCUGCAGGAGGUCCAUUGGUAUGCUUCAUCAUUCUUCUCCUAUUUGUGCUCAAUGUUGGCAGUACCACUUUCAGCAAUUGGUGGCUGAGCUAUUGGAUCAAGCAGGGAAGUGGGAACCUGACUGCUAUAUUAGCCAAUAUAUCAUCAGUCAGUGACAGCAUGAAGGACAAUCCACGUAUGCACUAUUAUGCUGGCAUCUAUGCCUUGUCCAUGGUGGUCAUGCUGCUGCUAAAGGUGCUGCGUGGUAUCGCAUUUGUCAAGGGAACUCUGCGGGCUUCCUCAAGGCUACAUGACCAACUCUUCAGGAAAAUCUUGCGCAGUCCAAUGAAAUUUUUUGACACCACACCAACAGGCCGUAUCUUGAACCGCUUUUCCAAAGAUAUGGAUGAAGUGGAUACUCGUCUACCUUUCCAGGCAGAAAUGUUUAUUCAGAAUGUUAUCUUGGUUUUCUUCUGUUUGGGAGUCAUUGGUUAUGUCUUCCCAUGGUUCCUAGUUGCAGUGGGUCCUCUUCUAAUCUUCUUCACCAUCCUGCACAUGAUAUCAAGGGUCUUCAUCCGGGAGUUAAAGCGAAUGGACAACAUGACACAGUCCCCUUUCCUGUCACACAUUACCUCCAGCAUUCAAGGCCUAACUACUGUGCAGGCCUACAGUAAAGGAGACGACUUCUUGCACAGAUACCAGGAGCUAUUGGAUGAGAACCAGGCAUCCCUGUACCUGUUUAGCUGUGCCAUGCGUUGGCUGGCAGUGCGACUAGACAUUAUCAGUGUGGCUCUGAUCAGCAUCACAGGCCUGAUGAUGGUUCUCAUGCAUGGCACAAUCUCCCCAGCAUAUGCUGGUCUUGCUAUUUCCUAUGCUGUACAGCUCACAGGCCUGUUCCAGUUCACUGUUCGUCUAGCCACAGAGACAGAGGCCCGUUUUACAUCAGUAGAGAGAAUUGACCAGUACAUUAAGUCUUUAGCUCUGGAAGCCCCAGCACGUAUUAAGAAUAAGACUCCCCCUUCAGACUGGCCACAAGAUGGGGAGAUAUGCUUUGACAAUGUGGAAAUGAGAUACAGAGAAAACAUGCCAUUGGUCCUCAAGAAGAUCUCCUUCGGUGUUCGGCCAAAGGAAAAAGUUGGGAUCGUUGGUCGCACUGGAUCAGGAAAAUCUUCUCUUGGUGUGGUGCUCUUUCGCCUUGUGGAGCCUUGUGGUGGUUCUAUUAGGAUUGAUGGUGUGAAUAUCCGUGAGAUUGGCCUAGCAGAUCUGCGCAGCAAACUUUCAAUCAUCCCUCAGGAGCCGGUGUUAUUCAGUGGCACAGUAAGAUCAAACCUGGAUCCGUUCAGCCAGUAUAAAGAAGAACUCAUUUGGGAUGCUUUGGAGCGAACCCAUAUGAAGGAGUGUAUUGCUCAACUGCCCUUAAAGCUAGAGUCAGAGGUCAUUGAAAAUGGAGAGAACUUCUCGGUUGGAGAGCGUCAGCUUCUAUGUAUGGCACGUGCCUUGCUACGUCGCUGUAAGAUCUUAAUUUUAGAUGAAGCCACUGCAGCUAUGGAUACAGAGACCGAUCUUUUGAUUCAAGAGACUAUUCGUGAAGCAUUCAGAGAUUGCACCAUGCUAACCAUUGCGCACCGUUUGCACACAGUUCUUAGUUGUGAUCGCAUAAUGGUGCUGAAUCAGGGCCAGGUGCUUGAAUUUGAUGAACCAUCAAAGCUUCUUGCCAACGAAAACUCUCGGUUUGGGGCUAUGUUGGCAGCCUUGGAAAAUAAGAUAACAGUACGUGGGUGAAGGGGAAUGUCACUCCGCCCCCACCCCCCAAUCCCAGUCAAAAGAGGAACCUAAUGAGAGGAGCAGGACUGGCCGAAGAGCCUUGUGCCUUGUCAUGCUGCCCCUUGUUGGCGGUGCCAAGUGGAGGAAAGCCCAGAAUUGGAACUUCUGGAUCUUUUCUAGCAGUCUCCCUGGGCUGAGAAUAAUGGAUUGUGGUGUCCUAAGUUUCUACUGCUGUUUUAGCUGCUCCUCUUUUCCAGUGGAGCUUCCUGGAUGGCUGUCCUGGUAUCUUGGACACUCCGUGUUGCACAUGGUGUCACGUUUUGUAGCAUGACUGCGUACUUGCCUUCUGGAGAGGUGAAAAUCUAGUAAACUGAAAUAAAUUGGUUUUGCUA